CAGGUUUGCAACUGGACAGCUGUUUGACACUUUUUUUUUUGCGCAAUCGACUCACAUAAAUAAAAACUGACUAUGGUGGAGAUUUUCUAAAGUUAGAUCGAGCUGAUUAACUGUAACUUGAGGAUCAGUAUAAUUUUUUUGAAUAUACAUUUACAUUUUUCGGUAACAUGGGCGGAGAGUGCUUAUGCUAUUCAUGGACGUGCAGACCCGUGUGGCCAGUUUUUAUUAUUCUGGCUACAGUACCUUGUAUUUUGAACUGCUCAGAGAGUCCUGCAGCAGUCGUUGGGAAAAUGUAUCCACGCGGCAAUCACUGGGCAGUAGGUCACUUGAUGGGGAAGAAAAGCAUAGAGGAGCAGGGGGUAAACCCUGACAGUGACUACCUGACACCCUCAAAGAUAGCCAGGGUCACAGAGCAUCUAAUGGAGGCUCUGAUGCAACCGAAGAAUCCAAAACAGAUGAUUCCCCAAAGUGCAGACAGGCUGCUUCGGCGCUACUGGAGAGAAGAGGACAGAGAAAAAUAUCUCACAGAGAUGUCAGACCUACUUCUUCUGGCUUUGAAACUGCAAGACACUGACUCCACCUGAAUGCAAGAUGAAUUUCUGUCAUCAUUAUCUACUUAUUGUACUCUGUAAUCACAUAUCCACACUGUAUAGUUUUCUCUGCUGUAACAGAUGUUUAUUUUAUCACUAAUUUUAAUUUUCCAUAUGCAUAUCAUGCACCAUUUUUAUUGCUCACUGAUCAGACAAGGUUGUGUUAUAUAAGCUGCGAAUCUGAAAUAAACUGAACAUUGUGAUAACUGCACUGUGGAUGUCAAAGCAUGCUUUGCACGGCAGAAGUAUCCUUAAAAAAAAAAAAAUCUGACAUUCUCAGUGUUUUUGAGGUUUACGUCACCAGUACGCUAACUCGUUUGUACCACUAGAUGGCGCACAAAGUCAAU